AUGAAGUUCGGUGCAGUAAUUGCCGCACUCUUCUUCCUCGCUGCGCCUGAGCUGGUCGCCGGUCAGGAUCAGACCACUCAGACCACUCAGACCAUCACCUCCACGGCGACAAUCACCAGGACCGUGGUUCGUGCCACGACCACGACUCCUUCUCCGUCUGUGACGCCUAGUAGCUCAUUUGCAGUCUCGCCUUCGUCGACCCCUUCGACCCCUUCGUCGACCCCUGCGACGAGGACCUCGUCGACUCCAAUUCCGGCAGCUGCAACUCCCUCCCAGACCGGCGGCGCCAUGACUCUGGGAGCUGGCAGCAUUUCCGCAGCGCUUGCGGCUGGAUCCUUUGCUCUCGUCUUGGGCUCGAUGGUCUAG